AUGUACCGGAAUGUUAAGAGGCAUUUAUUGAAGGACAAGAAAGAUGUGUUUGAACAGGAACUUGAUAAGCAAGUAAAGAGCUUCGGAGUGAAUGUGAUUCAGUUCAGAAACAGCUUUGACACUCAGGGCCCAGCAGCCCCGGGUCUCAGGCCAGAGGAAGCAGUGUAUCAGCUACAGGAGUUCCAGGAGAAGUUUGAAGUUUACGAUGCCAAAAAGAAGACUCUUAACUCCUUACAGAGACUGUUUGGUAUCACUCCAAAAGCAUUCCCAGAACUAGACAGAACUGGAAAGGAAAUCCGUAAUCGCCACUGGCUUCAAGUGAUGACAGUCACAGGCAGUUCAUUUCCUCUGGAAGCCACUGUUUUCAAGCUUCAUCAUCUUUUAGGGAUUGAGUUGUUAAAACACCAGAAGGAAAUUAAUUCUAUAGCCAUGGCGGCUAGUGAGGAGUUAAAGUUGGAGGGGAAGUUGAGGACUAUUGAGGAAGAAUGGACAGAGCAGGUUCUCAAUUUUGAAGCGCACAGGAACCGGGGGCCUGUGCUCCUGGUGAAGGAGGACUCUGUGCACAAACUGGAACAGGUCGAGGAUGCCAGGCUGUUGUUGGCCCACAUGUUGACUUCAAAGCACAUUGGACCUCUGAGAGAGGAGGCUGCGUCCUGGUCUGAGAAGCUAAAGGAAGUAGGAGCUGUGUUGGAACUGUGGCUGGAAGUGCAGGAUCACUGGCAGAACCUAGAGUCUGUAUUUAGUGACCCAAACAUUGCCAAGGAACUGCCCCAGGAAGCUAAGCGUUUUGCCAAAGUUGAGAGAAACUGGAUUAAAAUGAUGCGCUCGGCCAAUAACACCAAGAACGUAUUACAGUGCUGCUGUGCGGAGGUGCUCCCCAAAGAAGUGGUUCUGCGGAACAUGUAUAAAGAGCUGGAGAUUUGCUGCCAGUCUCUCACCUUUUUCCUGGACAGGAGACGACAAGCCUUCCCUCGAUUCUACUUCUUGCCAGACCUGGUUCUUCUCUCUUUUAUCAGCCAUCCAACAGACAUUGGUUCUCUUCAAAAGCAUUUUGGCUUAAUGUUCGGUGGUGUUCACAAUGUGGAGCUGGAGAGGAUGGACGACUGGGAGGGUAGCAACAGCUGUGUGAGCGAGUUUGUGGAGACACUGCACAUUCCAGGAGUCACUGAAAGACUGGGAUCCUCGAGCCAGCAAAGUUUUACACACAUGACCGACACAGACAGCAUCUUUCCCAAAUCCAUCAGAUCUGCUGGUGUUUCAAUGGGAAGUCCUAUACCAGUCAGCGGCCGAGAGCCAAACAGAGCUAUGCAAGCUGUGUCGGUGAUCGCAGAAGAUGGCGAACAUCUUCAGUUAGACGAAGAGGUUCCCAUUUCUUUGGCAGUGGAAGAGUGGCUCACUGACUUGCAGUGUGCAAUUUUCAGGACCCUGGAGAACUGCAUUAAUAAGGCAGCCAUGGACAUCAGUCAGGGAGUUAGCAUUGAUGAGUGGACAUACAGGAAUCCCUUUCAAAUAGCAAGACUGGGCUUGCUGUACUGCUGGACCAGGGACUGUGAGGCUGCUAUUACUGAUUUCAAGUCUGACCGCAAGGCUUUUCCAGGAGCUUUGAAGAAAUACGCAGGAAUGAUUUUCAGGCUUUCUACCAUCAUAUCCAAGGGCACAUGGAGACAUAAUGAUGAAUCUGUGACAUACAGCCAGAAACUAAAACUGGAAAACAUGAUCAUGUUUGCAGUUUAUUUACGGGAGGUGAUGGAAAGUCUAAACGCUCGCAAAGUCCGGGAGAUCACAGAUUUUGAAUGGAGACGAGCAUUGCGGUUUUAUUGGCAUGAAACUGAUGGAAGUAACAGCCACAAUUUAUGUAUACAUGAUGCCCAGUACGAGACUGGCCACGAGUUCUAUGGUGCUGCAGUCCCUGUCACAAUGAAUCCAAUAACCGAGAAGUCUUUUCUUUCUCUGUCCCAUAUAAUACAGAAAACAAGUGGUGCAGCUGUUCUAGGAGACCAUGGGACUGGCAAGACGGAGACUGUUAAGGAUGGAUGUUGGGUGGGUUUCGAUGACUUCCACUUGCUGACAAAGCCAUCAGUCUCUACAUUUAUGUUCAGUGCACAGACUCUGUAUGACAGUCUGAAAGCAAAGCUCAACACAUGCAUUUUGGGAGAUGGAAAAGAGAUUACUUUGAACAGAAAUGUUGCCCUGCUCCUGACUGUCCGCUGCAAGUCUGAGUAUAAGCAGCUUCCGAGUGAUGUCCUCGCUUUGUUCCGGACUGUCUCCCUGACAGCACCAGACCACAGUGUCAUUCUCAGAGCAAAUCUCACUGCCUUUGGAUUCAAGAGCCCCAAAAUGCUAGCGCACCGGCUUCAAUUUGUUACUGAACUGGUGAAAGACCAACUCCCAGAGAAAGUGCACCACCACCUGAGUCUGUCCUCGCUGGUGCCCGUGCUCAAGCGAGCUGCUCAGAAGAAGGGGGCAGGCAGGGAAGAGCGAGCAGAAGGCAGACAGGACAGGCUGGAAAUCAGGAAUGAGGGGGAAAGAACUUCCAGGUCCAGCAGCAUCACCUCCACUCAACCCUUCGGUAGUUCUGCAAUGAGUCUGUCACCAAGUCUGAAGACAGUGCCUAGCACUGAUAGAAAAACAAGGACGGUGAGCAACAACACUAUGACAACUGCCGCUAGACUAGACCAUGCACUGGUAGGAGAGACUCUGUGGGAAUGCAUUGCGCCCAGGAUGGAAGGAGAUGACCUUUCAGUUUUUAGUCAAAUUGUGAGGGACAUAUUUGGAACACUGCUGGACUUGUCAAGCCCAAAUGGAUACCUCCAGUCUCCUCAGAAUUGCAUAGACAAUGCUAUUUUAGCAUCAGCCAAGGAUAAGAAUCUAAUUCCUAAUGGUCCAUGGGUGAACAAAGUCAGGCAGCUCUACAGUUUAUCCCAAGUGCAUCACGGCAUUAUUGUGGCUGGUCCUCCUGGGGCUGGUAAAAGCUCCUGUAUCUCCACUCUGGUUCAGGCCCUGAGCCUCCUCCCAGCAGACCACCAACAGCAGCAAGCUGGGAGCCCAGUGGUUAUGAGGAAUGAGCCAGUCCGUCACAGACUUGUUAAAUUCAACCCGCUUGCUGUGGAUGACUUCACACUGCUCUUAGGCUCACGGCUUCCUUCUCAGAACUGGGAGGAUGGUAUCAUCGCCAGUGCCUGGAGAAAGGCUAUAAGGGUUUUGCAUUUGAGCACUGGAGAACACCUGCAAAUAACAAGCAACAUGCAGCUUCUUUUUGAAACAUCUGAACUCCAGCUGGCUUCCCCAGCAUCCAUUUCCAGAGCAGGCAUACUGUAUAUAGACAGCGAAGUAACUGGCUGGAGACCGUUGGCCAAAGCCUGGUUAGCAAGAAGAAAUGAACAAGAAAAUAUUGUUUUGUCUAAGGCUUUCAACACAGCUUUGGACCCCAUUUUUAAUUACGUUCUUCGUGAUAUCAAGUCCCCAGUUCCUUUGACUGAAGUUGGCCUUUUUCAAACAAUCACCAACCUGCUGGGAGCCAUGUUGCAUGACAAGGCCCAGAGCCUGGGAGGCCCGCUACACAUCGAGAGGCUCUUCCUGUUUUGCCUUAUCUGGACUGUUGGAGGACUGCUGGAAAGAUCCGAUAAAAAAAGGUUUAGUGACAUCCUGAAAUCCCACACUUCAACCUUGCCAGACUAUGAUGAUGAGGUCUCUGUGUUUAAUUACUACGUGGACGAGUCAGGGGAGUGGGACCUCUGGCAGUCUCGGAUCUCAGAGCGCAAUUGCACAAGGCAGAUAGACAUUCUGGGGGAAGUCUUUGUGGAAACCAUAGACACGCUUGCAGUUCGCACAUUCAUGGAAUACGCAGGCAUGGCCUCUCAGAAUGUGUUGCUGAUGGGAUCCUCGGGUUCUGGGAAGACAGCACUGAUAAAUGACUUUAUUUAUGCACAGAAUAAAUCCCACACUUUAGUUAAGAGAAUGGUGUUCUCUGGAGCAUCGAAAGCUAAAAACCUGCAGAAAAUGUUUGAGGAGAGUACUACUCACAGACAAGGUUUUGUUUAUGGUGCAAAAGAUGGGAAAACUUUACAGAUUUUCAUCGAUGAUAUCAAUCUUCCCGAGUCUCAGUGCUGUGGUGAGCUGUUGCGGCAAGUCCUGGAUGACAAAGUGCUAGUGAAACACAGCAAACCAUUCGAAUGCCGCCAAAUUGAAGCGCUUGUGGUACAGGCUGCCAUGUCAUUGCCGGAGUACCCAAGUGACAGCACACACAGUAUUUCACAGAGACUUUUGGCGAACAUGAUGAAAAAUGAUGGGCAACAAUUGGAGGGCAACUUACAUAAUGCACUAGUCUCGGCCUCAUGCAGCAUAUUGGAAUCCAUUAAGACAUCCCUCCGCCCUUCCACAGACCAAGGAAGGCAGCAUUACCUGUUCUCUUUAAGAGAAAUUGCCAGGGUUUUCCAGUGUCUCUGCAACUUAUCUUAUGAACAUCGAGAGGAUAUAUUCAUGGUACUUUCUUACUGGAAGCAUGAAAUGCGAUAUAUCGUUGGAGACAGACUGUGUCGAUAUGCUGAUCUUAACUGGUUUCAUGAUCAGCUGGAUAACAUUAUUGAACAGCAUGUCCCCGGUUCUCAUAAUGAUUCUGUGCAUGAGCAUAUUGUGACUUUUCCAAUAGAUGAGAAAAUAACCAAACAGCAGUCAGCCUGGAAUUCAGAUAAGGGAGUGCAGGUUCAGUUACAGACAGUGAGAGGAAUAGGUGCAGUGCACGGCUGUCUUCAGGCUUACCUGAAGCAAUACAACGGAGAGCUUGGGAAUCAACCACUGGAUAUUAAACUGUCUGAAAACACUUUGACUCACGUAGUGCGAAUCCAUCGGGUCCUUGCCUAUCGGCAUAGCGGCAACCUCAUGAUAGUGAAUUCUCCAGGCAGCCACCUACAGACACUGCUGAAGCUUGCACUCUACAUCACUGAUAUACCUCUUCAGCGAGUCGACACCUCUCAAAAGGCUCACUUCUUCAACAGUCUGAAAUCAGCAGUGAGACAUGCAGCUACAGACAGAAAGGUGGCAGCUUUGUUGCUGACAGCCAGGGAGCUUGGAGACGAUUCUUACCUGGACGCUAUCAACAGCAUUUUGAUCAGUGGAGACUAUGCCCCCCUCUUCUCCAGAGAAGAAAUGCAUGAUCUUUUACAGAUUAUAAACCCUGCCCUUCAGACGGAACACCCCCAUCUUGCUCAUGACCCAGUCAGCUACAUUGCUUCCAGAGUUAAGUCCAGUUUACGGGUGAUCAUGUGCCUGCCUCCAAACCAUGUGCUGCUGAGAACUGCCUCUGUGAAGCAGGUUGCAGGUACAAUGGCAUCAAUUCAUUGUCAGAUGUUAAAAGAAUGCCAGCAGGUUCCCUGGGCUGGAAGCUGUGACCCAGCCCUGACCCUCAACUCUGUCACUUUACAGAAAACUGAGAGUGAUGGCAAAGAGACAGUGAAAACAGAACCAGUCACGGUGCCAAACAUGCCAUAUUCAAAAGCCAUUGUCAAGGAAAGAAUUGAACUGAUGGAUAAUAAGGGUCUUGCGCCCGCAGUGUACAGCAAGGUGUUCUGUGGACAGAGUACAUUGAGGCAAUACCUGGACACUUUCAAACACAUAUACCUGUGUAAGUGCACAGAGCAGGAGAAGACAGAAGCUCUGCUGAGAAAAGUAUUGGAAACACUAGCCCAGACGAGGGCUGAUGCAGGAACCACCCAGGACUCAAUCAGAAAUUUGACUGAACAGUUUGAAGAGGCCAAAACUACAGCAUCAGACUUAUUAGAGAGACUGACUUCAAGAACAUCAGCACUGGAGAGCCUCAAGGGACAGCUAGGUAUAGGUGCGGCGAGUCUGCAGGCUUUUUUGGCACAGCUAGAGUCAGACUCAGAGGAAAUAGAACUUGAUGCUCUGCUGAAAGACGAUGACUAUGAUGAGUAUGAUAAAGCAUUUUACGAAAUGAAGGAGCUUAGAAGUAAAUCACAUGUUGAUAAACUAACUGAAGACCUAGAAAAAGCAAAGAAUGAAUUGGAGGAAGCAAGAAAUAGCCUUUCACAUGCAAAGAAUCAGGUGAUGCACUGGUGCAAUAAAGUUGAUAAGAGCUGCAUUGAGAGAAUUAGUCGUUGUCAGAAUCCACCAUUGCUUCUUGCUCAGGUGCUGGAGAUGGGUCUGGUAAUGCUGGACCUCAUACCCAAUCCAAGUGACCUGGAGACAUCCAGACCCAAUAGACAUUCUAAUGACCUCUCAGAAGCAAGACGCUACCAGAAGUCUGUGACUUCACGUUCUGCACAGAACUCGAAAAUGUGGUCAACAAGAGAAGGAACUGGAAAAGAUGGGAAAGAUAAGGUGGACAAAACAUGGUGGAAAACACUACAAAACUAUGUUGGUGAUAUCGGCAAGUUUGUAGACAUGAUUCACAAUGUGGCUAGACUGGAGGAUGGUCUACCAGAGGAAAUCCUGAAGCUGGUGGAAUCCUACCUGGGAAAGACCAAAGAGGGAAGCCUGGGGGUCACUGGUGAAGGGUCCUUGCUGGAAAACGCUGCUCCACAUGCUACUCCUCAGAGCAUCACUCCUGCCAAGAAGUUCACUGUGGUGGACAGCAGUGUCAGGAAAGGGGGGAUCACCAUUGCUGCUGCGAGAUACUGUUCGGAGGAGGCGGCCACUCUGGUGGCAUUUGUGGUGGCCCUGGUGGAGUACACCCGCCUCUGUGGACCCUUGAGGGCCUGUCUCAGCAGAGUGCAGGAGCUACAGGUGGAGAAAGAAGACAGUGAGUGGAAGGAUCAAGAAAUACAAAAGCCUGGAGAAAGUGAGGAGAAAGACUUGCUAGAUGCUGAACCAGAGAAGCCUAUGUUCACUGCAGAUGACCUACCGGUACUGCAGUCUGAGCUUCAACAGCUUCAGUCCGAGUAUGAUGUAGCAGUAACUAACAAGCACAGAAUUGAAACUGAGCUGCACUCCCACAAGGAGAGACUCAGAGCAGCACAAGAUGUGUUGAAGAGGCUAAGUAAUCUGGAGCAGCAGUGGAAAGAAACUGUGCAACUGUGUGUUGUGUCUGAACUGCUCACAAACUGUUUGCUCGCUGCAGCUUUCCUCACCUACUGUGGACCCUUUAAUGCAGGUGGCAGGAUACUGGGAUGUGAGCUUUUCUUGCUAAAGUGUGAGGAAGGGGGGCUGCCUCUCCCUCAGAAGAUGCUGUUUAGACAAAUGACUCUGAUGCAGUUUAUGCACAAUCCAAUAGAAAUCCAGAAGCUGCAAAUGAAGGGCCCUGCUCUGAAUAAGAAUACCCAGACAAUUUCCUGUAUCUUUAAACAUAAAGGUUCUAAUAGCACUUGGGUGCUUCUCUGUGACCCAACAGCUCAGUCAAUUGAGUGGGUAAAGAACCACUUUCUGCCAGACUGCAUGGAAGUCAAGUAUCAUGAGCUCCAGUCUCAACUGGACUCCUGUCUGACUGAAGGGAUCCCUCUGUUGCUAACCUACUGCGACCUUCAGAGCCUGGCCACUGACCAGAGGUUUGCCCAGGUGCUCCGCUCCCAGCUAGAAUUUGAGAGAAACACAUCGCCUUUUAAAAUAACAGUUGCAGACCAUGAAGUGGAGUGCCAGCCAGGUUUCAGGCUGGUUCUGCACACCCCUGGCCUCCCAGAGGAGGUCCCUCCUGAGGUGGCAGCUUUCUGCAGCACAGCAUAUUUCUACCAGGACCGGGAGGGGCUGGUGGAACAGCUGCUGGACAGGUUUGUGGAGCUGGAGAAGACGAGGCUGAGGGAGGAAUACACCGCUCUGCAGCAGGAAUGCCUUGAAAACAUGGAGGACCUUUGGGACGUGGAAAUGAAGAUAGCUCAGACCUUGUCCAGUGAUUGCACUCUUCUAAGCAGCUUGGCUAUCAACAAAAAACUGAGCGACUUAAAGCAGCACUACGAUGAAGCCAGAGAAACAAGAGCAAGGCUUUCUUUAUCAGAGAAGACUGCACUGACUGCUAGAGAAGGGUUCCGAGACAUUGCCCUGAGGGCGGGAAUCAUGUUUGAUACAGCCAGCGCACUGAGACAGCUGAAUAGCACAUAUCACAUCAGUUAUAAUCAGCUCCUGGAAGUGUUCGAUGCUUCUGUGGUUCACUCAGAGAGGUAUACAAUUAAGGCUAUUGUGGAUCGGAUAACAUAUAAUAUAUUCUGCUAUGUUGGCACAUACUUGCUGGAGAGAGACAGGAUGGUAUAUAGCCUGCUGUUGGCAUUUGAGAUUGAAAGAUCUCUGGGCCGCAUUGACCCUGGUGAAAUGGAGUUCAUCCUCUCUCCAGAGCUGUGUGCUGUGGUGAUGCAGGGAAUGGACGGGGCUAAAGGUUCAGAGGCACGGCAGCACUCCAAGAACCCUUUUGACUGGAUGACUGAGGACCAGUUUAAAAAUGUGCAGAUCCUGGCUGUGUAUUAUAGCUGGUUCUGGGAUCUGUUUGAUCGGAUGUACAAGGAUGGCAAAGAAAUGACUUGGAAGGCAUUGUGCGACAGUGACCAACCAGAGAACCCCACAAAGGGGAAGUGUCCUGAAGGGCUGGAUGAACUGAGUCCUCUGCAGCGUCUUCUUGUAGUAAGGGCUGUGCGCAGUGACAGGCUUGCGCACGCAGCAUCUAUCUUCAUCAGCAGUGCUCUUGGAAAGAGAUACACAGCAGAGAUCCCAUUUGAUCUCCAAUACUGUUUCCAGCAGUCCAAAGCCCAGAGCCCAAUUUUACUGCAGUUCAGCACUGAGGGCGAUGCCACCCGCAGGCUGGUCUUGGAGUUGGCUCACAGAAGGAGCUGCAGGACUCAGGUGCUCUCUGUCAGCAACUGUGGUGUCACUGAGGGGAGAAGGAUUAAGCGUCUGAUUGAGCAAGGCAUGGCAGAGGGGAAUUGGGUUUUACUGGAGAACAUCCACAAUUCUGCACAUUUGAUGACAUCACUGGAAGGCAUUCUGAAUGUGAAUAAGAACCCUGAUCGGAAUUUUCGGCUCUGGGUUUCUGCCCCAGCAAGCUUCAACUUGCCAGUUAGAUUGCUUCAUAUAUCACACCGGAUUAUUAUUGACCAGCCAAAGAACAUGAAGGACGGCAUGCUGAGAUGCUUGCAGGGCGUUGACUCGGAAGCCUUGAAGACCAGCAGUCGUCCUGAGUGGCCAGCAGUGGUGCACAACCUCUGCUUCCUGCACAGCGCUGUGAGGCUGCGUGCUGCAUCCGGGGGUGCUAUGGGCUGGAACAGCAGAGACACCAUGAUGUUUGGAAAUCAACAAUUUAUGGAUGCCUUGCACGUACUGACAGAGGAAUUUAGAGACAGAGACCCUGAGGCUGAGGGGAAGGGUGUGCCCUGGCCCGGGAUUAGAUAUCUUCUAUCAGAAGUGAUCUAUGGGAGUAACAUAACCGAUGAGAGUGAUAGGGUCAGUUUGACAUCUUUGGUUGAUUUCUGGAUUAGUUCUACUGCUACAAAGAAGGACUGUGACCUGACGAAAUUGAAGUACAGAGUCCCGGCAGCUUUCUUUACUCCUGGCACCCAGCUGAGCUCCCUGUUGCAGGCUCUCGAUUCUGUUCCAAGGAAUUCCCUGGAUGUGCCCGAAGCAGUCAGCAUGCACUCUACCCCAGAACUCCACUUCGGUGAUGAAGAGUAUGUGUGCAGUUGGUUGUAUUCCCUCAACCAAUCGUUGGUACCAUCUGACCAUCAGCAACACUCUCUUACACCACAAUGUUCCCCAUCAAACACAGCAGUUAAUAUCAACAAUCUCCCUCUAGUGGCGACUCAAGGGAAUCACAGCUUGAUUUUGUUGAAACCAAACAAAGGACCAGAGCUGUGGGAGAUGUGUUACAAUAUUUUAGCCAAACUUCCCAAAGGAUGGACCAAGGAUUUUAUCACUGAGCGACUGAAGAAAAUAGGUGGAGGUACUCCAUUCAACCUGUUUAUAAAGAAAGAGCUGAACCAUCUAAUGGGUGUCUUGUCAGAAGUCAGAAGGAAUUUGCAGGCAAUCAAGAGCAGCACAGAGUAUCUGAGCAUGUUUGGAGGGCGCCUGUCUGAGAUGGAGCUGAGUGUGGCCAGGGACCUGUACCAACAGAGAGUCCCCCAACAUUGGAGCUGCCUGGCAGGGAGGGCCUUUCCUCUCACACAGGGGCACACUGCCUGGAUCAGCGACCUGCAGCAACGGGUCUCACACUUUGAAAAGAUUCUGCUGCUGGGUCAAGAAAAGAUGCCCACAUAUUGGCUUGGUGCCUUUAGGAACCCCAAGGGGUUGCUGGGGGUCUUCAGGCAGCAGAGUGCAAAGCAGCAUGCAGAACAAACAGGCAGCAUUGAGCCCAUGGUGUUCCAGACUGUCAUCACUCAAAGAGACAAGGAGCAUAUGCGGGAUCCUCCACAGGAGGGGAUGUUUGUGUAUGGAAUCUACUUGUGGGGUGUGUCCUGGCAUAAGACUGAGGCAGAGCUCCUAGAUGCCCCUCCUAGAAGGGGCCCGGUCCCUUUGCCAGUCAUUCAUCUCCACUGUAUGCCCAGGGCAGAGAAAGCCAGCCUCAUUGAAGCCACCCGAACCACUGACACAUACCAGUGCCCUGUGUAUACCUCGUCCAUGGGACCACGGGAGCCAGUCCUUCACCUCGACAUUCACAAGGAGAGUGUUCCAGCAACAAGGUGGGCCCUAAGAGGAAUGAAGGCAACGCUGCAGCCAUUUUAACUAUCAGCUGUGCCAUUGAGAGGUUUCCAGAACUACAAAAGUCAGUCAUAGUUUAUUUUGCAUUGGUUUGAGUGGUCCCAAAGCCUGAAAAACCGUGGAAAGCAGUUGUUGAAAUUGGCCCAGCUUCUACAAAAUCAGAAUAUGUGCUGAACAAAGGGGAAAUAGCACUGCUAGUAAAUAAACAGUGCCAAAGCAGUGUCUUUGUAUUGAAAGUUAACUAAAUGGUAUAUUAAUUCAAUAGCCUUGCUAUUUAUUCAACAGUUUAUCAAUAGUGAAAAGAGAUGUGGUGUUAGGAAUAUUUUUGUACCAAUUUAUUUUCUGUAAAUUGGAUUUUACUUAAAAGUUUUAUAUUUGUUUA